CAAACCUACCAUAGGACAAAUAUUAAGGAUCUUCACGAAUGGUGUACAAUGAAGCUGCUCCCUUCAACAAUAAUUUUUCGCCCAUGCAUUUCAACUUGGAUAAGGCGUGUUGAAUGUUUUUCUCUGAACGUUGUGAGGUGAAAGAGUGAAAUGCGCGGAUUUUGAGAAAAAAUGAUGCUAAAUUCCUCCAACUUAUUGGGAUUGCACAGGAAUUCUGUGCCGCUCCUGUCUCAGACAACACCACCACCAUUCCUCUCUCAAAGUCGAGCAUUGACCCCAUGCAUGUUCCUGUCCUAUCCCAACUGUUACUCCACCUUAGGGAUGCAAAGGCGACGUUUUACUAGCCUGAAGGCUAACUUUUGGGACUCAAUUAAAUCUGGUUUGCUGAAGAACAAUCCAACCCAAGUUAUGGAUCCUCUUUUAGAUCUUCCAGAGGAGAAGCAGGAGGAGGAAUCCGAGCCUGAAGAAAUUGUAUUGAUUGAAAAGGAACAACCAGAUGGAACAAUUGUAAAGAUUUUAUUUGCAUCUGGUGGCGAUGUUGAUGUGCAUGAUCUACAGAAAUUAUGUGACAAGGUAGGUUGGCCAAGGAGACCCCCUACAAAAGUAGCAGCAGCGUUGAAAAACAGCUACAUGGUGGCCUCCUUGCAUUUGCUUACACAACCAUCAAAUCCAGAUGGUGAGGAACAACGGGAACUAAUAGGCAUGGCUCGUGCUACUUCAGAUCAUGUAUUCAAUGCUACAAUUUGGGAUGUUUUAGUAGAUCCUUCCUAUCAGGGCCAAGGACUUGGGAAGGCUUUGGUUGAGCAAAUGAUACGUGCUUUGCUCAGAAGGGAUAUUGCCAAUAUCACCUUAUUUGCAGAUGCACAAGUUGUAGAUUUCUAUCGUAAUUUAGGUUUUGAAGCUGAUCCAGAAGGCAUAAAGGGCAUGUUUUGGUACCCAAGGUUUUAGCUUUUGUUGUAUAAAAAUAGCUUACAACGAUGCUAAAUUUUGAGCAUUAGUUGUACUUGUGUAUCAAGACUGUAUUUUUUAAUUUAAUUUAAUUGUUUUGUUUUAUGCAACAAAAUAUUUGUACUGUAAUUCCAAAUCCUUGAAUCCUUUAGAACACUGUCACAUGUGAUGGUUUCUAAGCCAAUUUUAAUUUAACAAAUUUUUUCCUGCGUCA